AUGUUCGUCAAGGAGCUAGCUCAUGAUGCCCUUGCCAAUAUACGACAAGCGCACUCUUCUCUUUCGGAAAGGUCCGCACCAUUCCCUUGUUUUGAACAUCCCGAUUUUUGAGGCUUUCGCGUUAUGACCCCGUUCUGUUAGUGGUCGCCGCCGUCGGAGGCACCGUUCUGUACGCCAACGUCGUUCGGAUCUACCGUCGCAGCGAAGAGCCGCUGAGCAAAAGGUUCUCGAUUGUCAAGAAAAAAAGGAGAAUAUCACUUUUCUCAAAUGCUUCGACCUCUGACUUUGAUAAUCAAUAGUUCAAGUGAAAAAGUGAAAAAAAAAACUGCCUAUUUUCUUGAAAAAUAAGAAAAACAAUUGAUCGUAGGCUAGUUGCAUACGUGUUCUCAAAAGUGCGGCAACUGCCGAUGGUAAAGGCGCGGAUCGAGAAGGAAAUCAGCAGCGCCAAAGUCGAAAUCAUGCACUCGAUCCACAAAGACGACUCCGACCGCAUUUUCAUUGCCGGUUCCCUACUUCUGUGUCGAGAAAGUCACUCGAUAACUCUUUCAGAAAUCCCUGCUUCGGGACUGUCCAACGAAGAAGUUGUGGCUCUCGCCGACAAGUACAAUGAUUAUGGUAAGCCAGACAUUUGUCUGUUGGAAGCGUACAAUUUUACAGGAAAGUUCGCCGUCGAAGACGGACGCGUUUCAGGAGCCGUGUACACGGAUCGCCAUCAGAGCCACAUCGAUCUUCUCACCAAGGCAAAGUCUUCUUCAUCUUUCUCAUUUAGAAUUCGUUCGAACAAAAUAAAAGUCCCGCUUGAUCGCGGCGAACGAAAAUCUUUUUUCUUUUUCAACAAAGGCUGAUUUUCUUUUUCAAGAAACCUGAAAUAACUGCUGGCGUUUUCAGAGCUUAAGCUUCGAUAAUACUCUAUCCUAUGGUUCUUUCUUAUAAAUGUUUGUUUAAGAUCUACUCCAAGUACGCCUACUCAAACCCCUUGCAUCCGGAUGUGUUCCCCGGUGCGCGGAAAAUGGAGGCCGAAACAAUCAGAAUGGUAUGGUCGGAGGGAAACUCUCAAAAGGUGUGCCACAGGUGCUCAAUCUCUACCACGGUCCUGACGGCUCGAGCGGCAGUCUGACGACUGGAGGAACCGAAUCCAUCAUCAUGGCGUGUCUCGCCUACAGGUUGGGAAGUCGCUCUCUUCAUCUCACGGCUAGACACUCAGAAACCGCGCUCACAAGCUGGGCAUCGAGAGUCCAGUCAUCGUCGCGGCUACAACUGCCCACGCGGCUUUUGAUAAGGUUCCACAUUUUUACUCUAACUCUAUGAAAAUUCACCGAAACCACUUUCUAUUAUCAAAUUCCGCUUCGCAGAAUGUUAUAGUUUCUUAGAAAAAAACAGUAUCACAGUUUAUAACAUCUGAAACAGCGUCUAGAAUCGAUGUUCGAGAUACUUUCAUGUCGUUUUCAGGCAGCCCAGUUAUGUGGAAUGCGCCUGCGACACGUUCCAGUCGACAAAAACAAUCGCGUCGAUUUGCGAGCCAUGGAACGCGCCAUCGACUCCGAAGUCUGCAUGGUGACUUUCCGUAGCAUUUCAUGAAAUAAAUGACUGAUUCAAUGAAGUCAUGCUGAGUGUUGAGAAGUUGUAAAAAAAUUUUUAAUUUUAGAAAAAAAUGUUCGACACUAUUUUUUUUCAAGGUAAAUUUUUUUAUCUUUUUUUUCUAAAAAGUUCUCAGAGAAAAAAAUUUAUAAAUUUUUUUCUCGUUUAUAUUAUUUUUUUGGCUUUUUUUUGCAACCGAUUCUUUUCAGCUUGUCGGCUCGGCGCCAAACUUCCCCUCGGGUACCAUCGAUCCUAUUCCUGAAAUCUCACAGGUUUGUGGAGUCCGAACCUCAAGAUAAGGCUUUUGGUUGCAGCUCGGGCUCAAGUACAAGGUCCCAGUUCAUGUGGACGCCUGUCUAGGAGGCUUCCUAAUCCCGUUCAUGAAUGAGGCCGGCUUUCUGCUGCCGACCUUCGACUUCCGCAACCAAGGAGUCACUUCCAUCAGCUGCGACACUCAUAAAGUACGAACACUUGGAGUCUUGACUAGUCUGUGACGAUUUCAGUACGCGUGUACCCCGAAAGGCAGCUCAAUCGUCAUGUACCGAUCUAAGGAGCUCCUCCAUCACCAAUACUUUUGCGUUCCUGAAUGGUCUGGCGGUAUCUACGCCACUCCGACAAUCACAGGUCUGAGUUUCUUUUUCUUUUUGAAGAGGAAGGAAGAAGUAAAAAUCGAAAUAGCUCGCACUUUCUAAAAGGACAAUAAGCGACCAAUUAUUACCACUAGAACCAGUAAAGAGAUCAGAAAACGCAUUUCCAGGAAGUCGCGCUGGCGCAAACUCGGCUGCUGCCUGGGCCACUCUACUUUCUUUCGGGAGAAACGAAUAUGUUCGACGGUGCAAAGAGAUCGUGAGUCACACGCGGAAACUCGUUGAGAAGAUGAAAGAGCUGCCUUUUAUCGAGGUUCCUCUGCGGCCUUUUGGUGGGAAAAUAUCUCAAUGACUCAGGUUUUCGGCUCGUCGGACGUUUCUGUGGUCGCGUUCCGCGGCAAGGGAAUCAACAUUUACGCAGUCAGCGACCGAAUGAACAAGCGCGGCUGGAACCUCAACACUCUGCAGAAUCCUGACGCGUAUGUCAUGAAACUUCUCUGAAAAGUCUCUUUCUCAAUGAUAGUUUCUCAUCCACAGGAAAUUUCAGUCUCAUGAAAAAAAGAGUAAAAUUCUAGAAUUCACAUCUGCUUGACGAUCAACCAGGCUCACGAGGAGGUCGUCGACGCGUUCAUCGCCGAUCUCCGUCUCGUCAGUCAGGAAGUCGCGGACAACGCCGACAAAGGCAACAAGGACAGCACUGUGGGUUGCGACUCGAGAACGUGUCGGAAAAGCGUCUUCCAGGCUGCGCUCUACGGAAUGGCCGCUCAGAUUCCCGACAAGUCUCUGGUCGACGAGCUCAUCUGCGAGUUCCUCGACGCCUGCUACGCGAGCCCGCCUCCCAAGGGUCACUAG